AUGUCCAAAAAACAGACCUAUCCGUUCUGGCUCGGAGGAGUCGCGGGAUCUUUGGCAGCAUGCUGCACGCAUCCUCUCGACCUGACGAAAGUGCGAAUGCAGACCAUACCCUCGGCUCCGGGUGUCAAGCGGCCGUCGAUGUUCUCCGUCAUUCGAAGCACGGUCGCUGAGUCUGGCGUCAGAAGUCUCUACACUGGCCUCACGGCAUCGUUAUUGCGGCAGAUGUCUUAUUCGCUCGUUCGACUGGGAACUUACGAGGCUAUGAAGGAGCGUCUUUCUGAAAAUGGUCCACCUUCUUCGGGUCCACUUCUGGUGGCUGCAAUGGCCGCGGGUGGUCUGGGUGGUAUCGCUGGUAACCCCGCAGAUAUAUUGGUAGUGCGCAUGACCAGUGAUUCUGUCCGUCCACCCGAAAAACGAUAUAACUAUUCGAACGCAAUAACCGGGCUGGCGGCGCUCGUCAAGAAUGAGGGUGCGAGGGGUUUGAUUAGAGGUCUGGGCACCAACACUACUAGAGCGAUCUUGAUGAAUGGCUCGCAAGUAUGGUCUUAUGACUUUACCAAGUCGAUCCUGUUGCACAGCCGUAUACCAUUCGUCAACUACGAAUUCCGUGACAACCUUGCUUUACACACGGUCGCUAGCACUAUUGCUGGAACGGUGGCUACGACCGUCUGCUCUCCCGCAGAUGUGAUGAGAUCUCGUUUGAUGUCUGCGACCGGAAAAACUAAUCCCGUAGAGGUGUUCACGCGAUCACUUCGGGAGGAAGGUUUUGGAUUCCUGUUCAAAGGCUGGACACCCGCUUUUAUUCGACUUGGACCCAACACUGUUUUCAUGUUCAUUUUCCUAGAGCAUAUUGUUCAUUCUGUCUGGCUGUACGCUCUUUCUUCGCCUUUCUACGGUCACAAUAUGGAGGCAUUUCAGUUACUUUCGCGAGGAGGUGCAAAAUUUGACAAAAACAAGUUCAAAGAUGAUUUCCGACUGUUUGACAAGACUGAACGCCAAAGGGAUAAGGCAAAAGCUGCAGUUAAGUUCGCGGACGGAGAGCUGCCUCCUGAACUGGAUUUCUUCAAAUAUGCUCAGGGUGGUGCUCCAAAGCGUAAAGAAACUGAAUCUGGAAGUUUAGGGAGGGUCGGGGAAGAAGUGGGCGGUACACAGAUGAAGAGGCGGAGGACGGAGCCCACCGAUAGUCAAGAUGAGGACAGCCCGCCCAUACCGAGACAUCGUGUUACUGCGAAGGGUUCUAACGUCCCAAAGCAUAUAGAAUCUUUCGAGGAUCUACAAGAAAGAUACAAGCUACACACGCAGCUGCUUUUCAAUCUUUCGGACAGUGGAUUCAAGCGACCAACUGGGAUACAGUCUCAUGCCAUACCUAUACUCUUAGAGUCAAGGGACCUUGCCGCAAUUUCACCAACGGGUACUGGAAAGACAUUAUCGUAUCUUCUGCCUAUUAUUUCUUCACUGGGUAGCCCAUCGGCCAAAUUGAAGAAUGACUGUGGCCCCGGUGUACGCGCACUUAUUCUGGCUCCAACGCGUGAGCUAGCCCAUCAGAUCCACAACGAGUGUCUCAAGCUGGCGCAGGGCCGAAAAUGGAGAAUUGUUCUCUUUAGUAAGGCGACUGCUAGCACGUUGGCAGACAAAAGCGUACAGGAUAAAGUGGAUAUAAUUAUCAGCACGCCGUUACGAAUGGUCUCGGCCCUUCAAGCCGGCAGUCUAGAACUUCGAAAUGUUCGACACCUCGUUCUAGACGAAGCAGAUCGGAUGCUUGAUGCCGAGUUUCUCACACAAGUGCAAGAGAUCAUCACCGCGUGUAGUCAUCCACAAGUCCAGAAAGCUGUGUUCAGCGCAACGCUACCGGCUGGUGCGGAGAAGAUCGCCAUGGACAUGCUCCGUGAUCCUAUACGCAUCGUUGUAGGCCUUAAAGACACUCCUCUUCCCCUCAUUGCGCAGUCGCUCACUUACGUAGCUGAUGAUCCCUCAAAAUUGCCAACGCUUUUACAGUAUCUCUCUCAGCCGUACAAUCCCCCUGUUCUUAUCUUUGUUUCCUCGCAGCCGCGAGCAACGUCGCUGGCUGAGGAGCUGGUGCUUAAUGGUGUGCUGAAUGUAGAUUGUUUGCAUGCCGGUAUGAGCAAGAAGGAACGAGAGGAUGCAGUAUCGCGUAUGCGCCGCGGGGAGAGCUGGGUCAUGGUCAGUACCGAAGUCAUGGCCAGAGGUAUGGACUUCAAAGGCGUGAGAGAAGUCAUCAAUUACGACUUCCCUCAAAAUGUGCAGAGCUACGUUCACCGGAUAGGUCGCACAGGGCGUGCAGGUAGAGAGGGAAAGGCGAUAACAUAUUUUACAGAUGAGGACUCUCCCUACCUGAAGACGAUAGCCAAUGUUCUUCUGCAAUCGGGUUCAUCGGUGCCUGAGUGGAUUCUGAAGUUACCGAAGCCGUCGAAGAUGAAGCGUCGACAAAUGGGCAAGAUCAAGCGCUCAGAGACGGUCAACAAAGCCAGCAAUAUUGGUCGGAAUGAUGCGAUAAAGAGGAGGGAAAUGAUAGCUGGAUCGAAAAGGCGGAAGGAAAAGACCGAACGACAGGUAUCGACAGCCGAAUAUGGGGCUGACGCGGAGGAUGGUGACGAGGAGAGCUGA